AUGUCAUUAACAAAUUAUAUCAAUGAAGGAUUAAAUGAAGUAAUGGGAAAUGAAAGCCUUCAAAAUUUUGAAGAUUUAAGUGAUAGUGUAGAGAAUAACGAAGAAAUUAACGUUGAUAAUCAAAAAGUUGAAGAGAAUAAAAAUAAAAAUUUAAAAGUUCGAAAAGAGGCAACAAAGACUAAACGAAACCUCAACCCAGCCCCAACAGAGUGUAGUAUCUGUGAACGUAUAGCUAGUGGAUAUAUCUUUUAUGGAGUAAUUUGUUGUGAUGAUUUAAAUGUCUGCAAAAGUUGCCGUUUCGAUAAAUGCAUAUUAAAAGGAAUGUAUAUUCAGACAACAAAAGGGAGGCAACCUGAAAAGGUUUUGGAAAUACAAACAAUGAUUCAAAAUAAACGUAGAGAGCUUGCUAGUAAAGGAAAGUUUGUUCACGGAAAAUCUAAUAAUUGUGCUGUUGAAGAAAUAAAUUUUGAUGAUUUGGUAGAUUAUUAUUUUAUUUGUUAAGCCGUUGCUCUUUUCCUCUCAAUUAUCUAACUCCUCUUUAUGGCAAAAAACGUGAUCCAUUUAAUACCGUAACCAUCAAAGCCCAUCUUUUGGAGCAAUC